AUGCCGCCUCGAGAAAUCGCCCCCGGUCGCUCGUGCCUCGAAUGCCGCCGCCGCAAGAUCAAGUGCGACCGAUUACACCCAUGCUCCUAUUGCGUCAAGGUCAGGAUCAAUUGCAAAUAUCCUGCGUCGCGCCGCGCUGGUGAAAACUACGAUGCGCUUAGUCGUGUCGCAUCACUCGAGUCCAAGAUAGUAGCUCUUGAGAAGCGCCUAGCCGAAGUCGAGGAGCCGUCGCUGUCGCGAUCGGCGUCUGGCUCGAAGCUGUCAGCACGAUAUGGAGGCAGUAAUCGAUUUCAAGACACUGAAUAUAGUGAAGUCAGAGUGCUCAGGGUACAGGGAGACGGAGCAAUGUCCGUUCUGCCAAGCUCCUCUCUAGCUGAUACUGCUGGCACUCGGUCAUCAAUGCUCCUGCAGCCCCAGGCUGCUGUCGAUCUCGGCCUAUUUCGCCCAACACCAAGCACAAUCGCGGGCCUCUGGCAGAGGUACCUGGAGAUCGUAGACCCCCUGCUGAAAAUAUUUCACACACCGACUGUGCAGAUGUUAGUCUUUCAGGAAAUUCGGAGUCGCGACAAGUUGGACCUAGCAUCGGAGUGCCUGCUGUUUGCGAUUUAUUAUGCGACUGUGGCAGCCAUGACCCUGUCGAACCACGUGAGCCCGCUCCUGGUUGUCGCUAAUAGCCAGAUAACCGCCCGAAACGACCCAGACGGGCCCGACGUCUACGCCCUCGUCGGCCUCGCCACUGGAAUAGCCCUCAAAAUGGGCCUCAACCAGGACGCUGAAGCGCAGGGGUACCCGCCAUUUGAGGUUGAGAUACGCCGUCGGGUGUGGUGGCAGCUCUUUACUCUAGAUAUCCGAGUCGCAGAGGAUAGGGGCUCAGAGCCGUGCAUACUGGAAUCUUCAUUCAACACCCGCCUACCAUCCAACGUGGCAGAUACGACCAUGCAUCCCGCCAUGAGUAGACCGCCGCGUGGACAGGGUCGAACGGAAAUGCUGUUCAGUCUAGUGCGCUUCGAAGGCAGUUACUUUGCACGGCAGAUGGUAUUUUCCGAGAGGUUCCGCGCAGAAAAUUCGUACGCCCGAUUAUCGUCGAACGAGAGGCGCCAUGCAAUAGAUCUGUUUCAGGAGAGGAUUGAGAAGCAGUAUUUGGGGGUUUGUGAUGAGAGUGUUCCGCUGGAUAGGGUGACCGUGCAGUCUAUCAGGCUUAUCCUCGCUAAGCUUCGGCUUGUGGUAGCGGCAGGCGCGGAGGCUGAGGAGAGCACCGCCUCGAAAGGACGAGCCAGUGCACGUUCAGCCAGAAACUGGGCUCAGAUUUUGCAGGAUGCAGAGGCACUACGGGGUUACGCAGAGGGCAAGCAGUGGCUGUGGCUGUUCCAGGCGUACAUUGAAUGGGAUGGCCUUGCCCACCUACUUGAGUAUCUUCGCGCAGACCCUUCUCCAGAGGAUAACGAGCAAUGGGAAUUAACUAACAGAGUCUACUCAUACUGGACAGAGGAACAGAGUUUCCAGCGAGACGGGCGUUGGAAGGCGAUUCAAGACCUGUGGGCUGAGGUGGUUGAAAGACAACUAGGGCCAUAUACCCCUUGA